AUGUGUAUUUUAUUGGCCACUCAAGGACAUCCUGAUUAUCCCCUCAUCCUCCUAUCCAACCGCGACGAGUAUCUAUCCCGCCCCACCGCAGAAGCCUUCUUCUGGGACGACAACGUCCUUGGACCCCUAGAUCUCGCCCGGGAAGAGCAAGGCACCUGGAUCGGAUGCAACAAACAAGGCAAGAUCGCUGUGAUUCUCAACUACCAGGAGAAACGCGACAAGGAUGCCAUUGGCGACAUCAGCCGCGGAAAGUUCCCCAAGGAGUUCCUCCUCUCCAAUGAGUCGCCCGAGGAGUUCACCAAGAACUUCAAGAGACGAUACCCCGAGGACAAGCUCCAGGCCGCUGGUGGCUUCUCCUUCCUCUUUGGCCAGGUGGAUUUGAACGGGAAGACACAGUUCUCCAUCAUUUCGAACCGUGGUGGCGAUCAUGAGUGGGUGGCAAGGGAUCCAGAGGACCAAACCAUUGGAAUCUCCAACUCGCUGUUCUGCAAUCCUUGGCCCAAGUGCGCUCUGGGAAUUGAGCGGCUGGAUGAGGUAGUAAAGGAGAGCGUGGAGUCUGGAAGCAGUCGCAAGGAACUUGUGGACUCGUUAUUUGACGUUCUUUCACACGACACGUUUGAUCCCGGCGCCAAAAAGGGCGCCUCCGAGCAAGAGAUCCACCAUGCCCUGCGCCAGUCAGUGUUCAUUCCCGUCAUUGCUGCUGCGGGGUACCAGGAAGGCCAGGACUGGAACGUGACGCACCCUUUUGGAAAACACUAUGGCACUCGGACACAAACCAUCAUCAUGGUGGGUAAAGACGGACAGCUGCGGUACUUUGAGAAGACUCUCCAUACAAAGGACACUGACGAGAAGGAGGAGCAUCCGUUAGUUGAGCAUGUUUUCGAAAUCAACAAGGAAAAUAAGAGCGGGGGAGGAGGUUCUGGAGGUUGGAGGUGUUUGUUGUCGUGA